UGUGUUUGCAGAGGGCCUGCGGGAGUACUUCAGCCAGUUCGGCGAGGUGAAAGAGUGCCUGGUGAUGCGGGACCCGCUGACAAAGAGAUCCAGGGGCUUCGGGUUCGUCACGUUCAUGGACCAGGCUGGCGUCGACAAGGUUCUGGCCCAAUCCAGACAUGAACUGGACUCCAAGACGAUUGACCCGAAGGUAGCGUUCCCCCGCCGAGCACAGCCCAAGAUGGUGACCCGAACGAAGAAGAUAUUUGUGGGUGGUCUGUCAGUGAACACUACUGUGGAGGAUGUGAAACAGUAUUUUGAGCAGUUUGGGAAGAGACCUAUGACUGUCUCAGAAGACUGAGAGAUAGUAGAAUGGGACUGGCCUUUUGGCCAAGAGGGAUUGUACACCGUUCUGUUUUGGUACGUCUCCUGUC